CAAAAAGUAAGUAAAACUUCACCUUAGCUAUAAAAAAUUGCAGCUAUUGUACAUACGUCAUAGCGGACAUCGGUGUAAAACUUAACCUUACUUGAAUGAAUGAAACACAUCCUCCUUUUAAAAACAUAUCUAUUUAGCUUUGCCACUCCAUAGCUUCUGCUGCUGGCCAUCCUGGAGCUCACUGCAGACUUGAGAGUUUUAUUGCAGAGAAGUGUGAUAUUGCCAUGAUGAGCAAUAGAUUGCUGGACUCCUGGAAAAUUUUGCAAUGUUUGAUAUUAUUGCACGUCGCAACAAUGACGAGUUCUUGUCACAGGCACCAGCUUGGCAGCAAUAACUGCCAGUUUUGCACAUGCGAUAGAUAUUGCACCUUUCAGCAAUGAAAAUUACAUAAUAUGCAGUGUGCUUUAGUCUCACACUUUCACGUAUCUGAGUUCCGAGAGAGAGACUUGAGUAUUAGACACCUCAUUCCUGCCGAUCUUCUUUGCCUAAGAAUGAUACACCUUGGAUUUCUCUUGAUCAUGUUCAAGUUCUGAUGUUGAUGUUGCUCAUUAAAAACUUUAUGUAUCAUUUCAGUGUGCUAUUUGAAUGUUCUUAUACAGUAAAAAUUACAGUCGUUGAAUUCCUUUAGCUUAUUUAUAGGCCCGUCCCAGGCUUAAAAGACAUGUAAGAUUAGAAUUUUGGGCACCCUAUGAUCUUUUCGAUAGGUUAAUUCCCACCCAGAGUGCAAAUAUUCAGGCAUUGUGGAAGUAAAAAUUGAAUUCUUUAGAAGUCGAAGACUAGGGUUUAUUUUUACACUUGAAAGGCAUUUAAAAGUUUUAAUCCACCUGUGUACAUUUGUACUUUGGUCAUGUACUAGAUUAAGGAUGAGACCAAACUUGAAAUAAAGUUGGUUUUAAAAUAAAGCAGAGCAACAUCAGUCCUUUGCAAUCAUUUUUGACUUUCGUCACUGUGUCAGUUGUGUUUGGUGGCUCCAAGUCUAUCUUUGUUUUGAUUUAGCCAUGCAGUGCCAUUAAUACUCGUGUGGUCUCAUCAUCAAUCAAAAACCCAACAUAUAAUGACAGUAACCAGAGAUUUAUGAUUAUGAUUCAUUCUUAUAUGAAUUUUCCUUCAUUCAGAUGAGAAAUGAACUGAUUUUAGCCACGGUAAUUGUGUGAACUACAUUGUAUAUUUCAAAUUAAUAAUCAAUACAUAUUUUCACAAAUAUUUUAGGAAACUUCUAUAAAACGUCUCAAAUUUGAAGAACAGGUGCACAACAACUUCACAAACACCUGAAAUUUUUGAAGUGAGAUAAUUUUCAAAAACCAAAAUUUGCUGGUACAACUGGAGUUGUAAUGAUAAAUAAAAUCACUUAAAAACUAAUGUAUCGUUCAUUUUCACCUGGUCGCACCGCAAGUCUUUUUCUGGCGCCCAUUACAGAUCAUAUAUUGUAUUGGUCUCCUGGAGUUUUUUUCACCCACAACAUAAACGGUUAGAAAAAUAAAGUCUUUGUGAAAUUAAUGUGUUGGAAACGUGUUAAGGAUUUAAAUCUUUUUUUCUUUUUGGUACUGAAAUUAAUAAUUAUUGAUGUGUGUUUUCCUUGGGAGUAAAAGGUUAAGUCUAAGUAUGUCUUUCAAAAGUAACUUUUUGAACUUUAGGUGUAUAUUAGAUGGCUAUAUUCUCACAUAGAAGAGAUUAUUUGGUUAAACAAAAAUUCCUCUGCUGUUAGACAAAUUCAUGUCCAUACCUCUCAACCACCACUGUCUCAUAGUCAUUAUACGCCCCUAUACUUUCGUUUCACCUGAGCUCUUCCGGAGCAAGAUGUAAGAAGUAAAGACCAGCUCUCUAAACUCUUGACAUUUUAUUCACCAACCUACAGGAAAAGGUGCGUGAUGAUGACAUUGUGUUUGAGACGUUUCAUCACCAAAAUGGCCGAGUCUAUACAUGUCUCUAUAGAAACCAAAUGCGAUACUAUUUGGAUAAUUGGCACACGCAGGAAUGGCAAGUGUUCCCGAUGCGAUGGUACAAUGAAGGUACGCUGACGACAGAUCAGCUAGUUCGAGGAGACCAGACCUAUCCAGCAAAAAGACAAUCAGAUAAGCGUUUUGAUGCGGCAGAUGGCACUACAUCGACGGGAGAAGGAAGCAGUUCAGAGCAGGCUCAGAGUAACAGUAAUGGAAAGGCUCGUACCGAUGGUGUCCCAAGAAAGCCUGGUGCUGCCAAGGGAGGCGAUGAUGAUAGAGAAGGUUUCAUUCGGCAUCCGACGAGAGGAAAGUUGCCAACGUAUAUAUUUGAGGAAAAGAGGAACAUUCAUUGCUAUUACGACGAAGCUUAUGGUCAGUGGGUGAAGCUGCCCUUGAGCUGGGAGAUGCACUCUGAUGUCAUUAAGCCAUUAGUGGAAGAUGUUGCUGAAGCACUGCCGAAUUGGAAGGACAAAAUUGACAUAUUGGCUACUCUACGAGCAUGCAAUUAUGAUCCUGAUGAUUGUAUAGACACAUAUUUGGCCUGGGAUGACAAUGGUGCCAUGCUCAGUCCACAGAACCUGAAAGCAGCAGAUGCCAAGAUGAUUGAAGGAAAAAAUAAAACGAUAGAUGGCUUGCAAGUAGAUAAUGACAAAAUGAAAAAACGACUGAAUGAACUCAAGAAAGAAGUUGAGCAACUGAGGGACGAUAAGAACAAUGCUGUCAAGAGGGCUGAUGACUACAGCGAGAAGCUGAGUAGUGUACAGGCUGAAUCACAGGUGGCCAUGGCCCAUUAUGAAGCCAUGCAGCAGAGACCCAAGACACCGGCAAGGCCAAAGACUCCACAGGAAAAGAGGAACCCAAUUGACCUUGACACUUUGAAUCAUUUGAACAAAACUGCCAUCACGAUGCACAAAGGAUACAACGGUUUGAAGAAUGGCUUUCACCGGUUCAAGGCGGAUAUCAAUGAGUAUAUUGUCAAGAUCCUUGCAGCCAUGAAACAGAUGAAAACAGUUGAGGGUAGCCAGGCUGGUGAGAUAGAGGAGCUGCGAGCAGCAUACAGGAAGGAGUGUACCCAGAGGAAGUUACUCUAUAAUAAGCUCCAAGAACUGCGAGGGAACAUUCGUGUGUUUGCUCGAUGUCGUCAUGACAGCCGAGUCGACUGUGCGCUCCGUUUCCCCAACAGUGAAGAAAUCCAAGCACCUCCUACAUCUGGCACCAAGAAAGCAUUCAAAUUUGAUAAAGUGUUCACACCAAAGUCUACUCAGGCUGAGGUGUUUGAAGAUACCCUUCCUAUCAUUAUGUCAUGUGUUGAUGGGUACAAUGUGUGUAUUCUAGCCUAUGGUCAGACGGGGUCAGGUAAAACGUUCACCAUGAUGGGACCAGAGAAAGACCCAGGUGUGAAUGUUAGGUCAAUACGUGAAUUGCUCAAGAUUUGUAACGAGCGAGAAAAGAUUAAAUAUACGCUGAAGUGCUCAAUGGUUGAAAUCUACAAUGAGACAAUUCAGGAUUUGCUCAGUUCGAAUGUGCAGGCGUUAGAGAUACGCUCUCAGGGUAAAAGCAUUCAGAUUCCAAACAUUACCGAGAUGCCGGUGAACACUUUGGAUGAUAUCAAGGAGAUUAUUGAAAAAGGGGAUAAAAACCGACACGUUGCGUCAACAAAAAUGAAUUCAACAAGUUCUCGUUCACAUUUGGUUAUGAUGAUCAAUGUAGAAGGACAUGACAACGUGUCGAAGGCCACAACCAAGGGUGUCCUGACACUCUGUGAUUUAGCUGGUUCUGAACGUAUUGGGAAAACAGAAGCAUCAGGCCAGCGAUUGGUUGAGGCAGCAGCUAUCAAUAAAUCGCUAUCUUCAUUGGGACAGGUUUUCAGUGCACUUAGAACGAACCAGCUCCAUGUACCAUACAGGAAUUCGAAGUUGACUCAUAUCCUUCAGCCAUGCUUGAGUGGAGAUGCAAAGGCUGCGCUUUUCGUUGCUCUAAGUCCAGACGUCAACAACAUUCAGGAGUCGAUAUCAACGCUACAGUUUGGCUCGAAUGCCAGACAGGUUGCCCUAGGUCAAGCUAAGCAAAAUGUCAGCAAAGAACCAGGAAGUUAAUGACACUUGUGUAUUUUCAAUUACCAUAGCAGUGGACUGGUAAUAAUGCAUCACAGUUGAAAGUUUUACGCUAUUUAAGCGGAAAUAAAACACUCUGGAAAUUACACGGUUCACGACAUAUAUAAAUGUUGACUGCAUUCAUGUAAUCAGUGGUUCAACCUUUAUGUUGCCUGAUGUUCCCCUUUAAGAGCUUUGAUAUAUUUAUAUCACAUGAACUAGAGGACAUGACAAUUUAUUUAUUUAAAAGGAGAGUCACAUGAUUACAAGUGCCAAAUUUAUUUUUCAAAAAUAAUGUAUAUGAUCUCAUGAAACUAUACUGCUGUACUCCUGGAGCAAACAUGGACCUUUUAUUUGAGAUUUCUGUCUAAUAUUUUUGAAUUUAUGACUAAGGUCUGAUUUCAUUACAGCAGUUUCCCGCAUUCCACAGGCUUUGUGGUCAGUUACGAUAGCCUUGCCAAUAAUUUACAAUGAAAUUAAUCCAACGCCUGUGAAAACCAUGGUUGCCGCUGUAGUAAAAACCCAGUGUUAGCUCUGCAGAGAAAAGUUCAUUAAUUAUGUAUUGUACCUUUGAUAUCUAUACUGUGUCCACGCAAUUAUUGAAAGUGAGCCAUUAUAGUAUCGUCAUUCGUGUAACUAAUUACCAAGAGUUAAUAAAGACUAGUCUUUAUUCUUAUCAUUAUUCAUCCAUCUGUGUACUAUAUUACAUGUAAUGUUGUAAAUAUGUAUGAUUGUUAUUUAUUUCUCUACUUCAUCUAGUCCGUCAAUUUUCAUUGAAUUCUUGAAGUAAAUAUGAAAAAAAAUAUUGUGGCAAAUUUAAAUUCCAAGUUUAGGAAAUUUUGACUCCACAUCUUUGUUCAUUCUCUCACAUUCAAAUCAGAAGUGUUGUUAUUGUGUAAUGAAUACAUGUCGUUCAAUUUAUCCAAGACACCCUAGAUUACUUGUGCAUGGAACUAGCCUCUCAUAUCACAAAGAUUCCAGUUUACUUCUCAUGAAGACUUUACUUGCAAUUCAAGGCCUAGAUUACUCAUCAGCAUUAUGUGGCCCCACCUCCAAUCCAGUUUUGUUCCAGGUAACUAAUCUUGCUUCUUCUGAGAUUGUGAAUAUGAACCAUGUCGAUAACAUUCACGUUUAUUUCAACACUAACAAAUCUCCUCUGUAAAUGUUAUUGUCAACAACCGUCCAGAGAAAAUUUCUUGAUAUAUAUUGACAUAUUGAUAAAAUCCGUCCGGACAUCUCCUGUCCAAAAUGUGUGUCUGUUCUAUGAAAAUAUUUUGUUAACACCAUUUAUGAUGUUUUGUAGAUUUUUGAAUGAUAUUGAAUCAUUGACCCCUGAUGGGGGACAUGUUCCGUUAUGAUAUGGCAUUCAGCCUUAUUUGUUCAACAAUGACACUGAUCUCUGUUUAUUGUCUGUCAUGUUGUUUUUACUGUCUCGAAAAUGUUCCCAAUCCUAAAUAUUUUGCAGGGAAAACCACGUGACUUGUGAAAUGCGGGAUAAUUGGAGGAACUUUAAAGGGUUUCUGAAUUAAAAUAAAAUUUAUAGAGACGAAAAUGCUUUGUUCCCACGAAAGUGAGGCCCAAACAUACUGAGGAUGUUACUCCACAUGUCUGAUAAUUUGCUCAGUAUCUCUGAUUCACCAGCUUUCCAAGAAGAAAUCAGCCACCGACAAUAUUUAUUGCCUUUAGUACUACAACAUGUACGUCAUUGUGAUAUUCGUCAUGUAAAUUUUUUAGAAGCGAUGUAUUUUUUAACAUGUUUAGAAUUAAAGUCCUGUGAUAAAACCUGAAUAA